AUGACGGAAAAGUCCCUCCGUGUCGGCCGCAUUGUGUCGAGUGUUGCUGCCACAUGUAUAGCACUGGCAUGCGGUACUAAUUACGCCUAUUCAGCAUGGGGCCCUCAAUUCGCAGACCGUUUGAAGCUCUCCUCGACCGAGCAGAACCUGAUAGGGGCGUCGGGCAAUCUGGGAAUGUACUCGAUGGGGAUACCUAUAGGAAUGCUGGUUGAUGCGAAGGGGCCACGGCUUGCCGUCAUGAUGGGCGCUAUUCUCCUCGCCGCGGGCUAUUUCCCUCUACAUCAAGCAUACGAUAGCGGUUCUGGCUCCUUGCCCCUACUCUGCAUGUUUACCUUCAUGACCGGCCUCGGUGGUUGUGCUGCUUUCCAAGCUGCUAUCAAGACUUCUGCGUUGAACUGGCCACACCACCGUGGAACUGCCACAGGCUUUCCCCUCGCUGCUUUCGGACUGAGCGCCUUCUUCUUUUCCAUGUUCGCCCAGUUCGUUUUGCCUGGGAAUACAGGGCACUUCUUGAUCCUACUGGCCUCUGGGACAUUCGGCCUUGUUUUUAUAGGGUUUUUCUUUCUCAGGGUGCUACCCCAUGCACACUACACCGUAGUGUCGACAACCCCAGGGCGCGCAAAUCGGCUUCACAGAACCAAAUCGGAGGAGGGCAGGCGGGCAUUGCUGGAUCCAGAACCAGGUAGGUCCGCACUUGCAGUUCAGCACCCCGAGCACACCGGCGCCCUAGAUCAGCACGAUACAGGGCCAGCGGCACCUGAGGACAUCAUCCCAUCCGAGAUGGAUGAGACCUCUUCGUUAAUGUCCAAAUCCUCCUCCUCAAGCCUGGGGAAUAUAUUAUCUGGAGAAGAACCUCAUGUUAAGGAUUAUGCCCACCGUGUAGAUAUUCGAGGAGUGAGAAUGCUGCCUCAUAUGGAGUUCUGGCAACUAUUCGCCCUAAUGGGAAUUCUCACGGGGAUUGGUUUGAUGACAAUCAACAAUAUUGGCAAUGAUGCAGCCGCUCUGUGGCGGCACUACGACGAUUCGGUAACCGAUGAUUUUAUAAUGCAGCGGCAAGCUAUGCAUGUCUCAAUCCUUUCUAUUUGCAGUUUUGCUGGGCGUCUUCUUAGCGGCAUCGGCUCCGACUUCCUUGUCAGAUAUUUCCACGCCUCCCGACUAUGGUGCCUCACCUUAGCAUCCUUCAUCUUCCUCAUCGCCCAAAUCGGCGCCAUCACAAUCACAAACCCCUACAACCUAGUCCUCGUCUCCUCAUUCACAGGCCUGGCAUACGGUUUCCUCUUUGGCUGCUUCCCCUCCCUCGUAGCCGAAGCAUUCGGCGUGUAUGGCUUGUCCCAAAAUUGGGGCUUCAUGACACUGAGUCCCGUGAUCAGCGGGAAUAUCUUCAACCUAUUCUAUGGCAUGGUGUAUGAUCGACAUAGUAUCGUGGAUGAGCACGGGGAGCGCAUAUGCGGCGAGGGCUUGCAGUGCUACCGUGAUGCCUACCUUGCAACGAUUGUGGCGUGCCUACUGGGUUUAGUUGUUAGUUUGUGGAGUAUUAGAUAUACCCACAUGUUGCGGCUGGAAGAGGAGCGCAACCAGGAUUUAGAGGAUAGAGAGGCUUAA